CACUUUUUCAAACCGCCGACGAUCAUUCUUUCCUUUGUGAACCCCGUUUUUCAUCUUCGAUCAAGUCACAGACUCGAGUGUGCGUUUGUUUGUCGAUGUCGGCGUGGUAUGACGCAGCGUCGGUGCGGAACGGACGACCGUCGGACGACCCGGUGCCUGUGCCCGCGAAAAUGAAUGACAGGAUGGACGAUGGACACGGUCGCGCUGACGAGGACGACACGUUGAGCAGCGCCACUCGGAGCGGUAGCCAUAGUGGCACUGGACAUGGACUGGGUGCCGAUCCAGCUGAACGCCGCGCGCAAGGUGGCCCACGACGCCGGCGAGCACCAGCAGAGCAGCAGCAGGAUUUGCACCAGAACGACGCGAACCAGCCCGCAGCCGACGCGCUGGACACGGCCGCCGAUGGCCAGGCGCGACUGGCGCUGCCGAAUCGCAGGGCUGGCUCCAUUGUGCGCUGGCUGUUUGCGGUGGGCGACAGCGUCUCGUGGGACGACACGCUCUGCCACUACACAGUCACUGAAGGCCACGGUGCAGCCACCCCGCAAGUGAUCAAGGAGCUCAAAACGCGUGUCAAAGGCAAGAUCAGCGGGAUUCUCGUGCCUGCUGGCGGCCAUGCACGGACUGGAGAGCCGGUUGUUGUGAUUGAGCAGGGUUGCCGACAUCCGAUGAUCAUCGCUGACGCGCUUUGCGCAGUUUGCGGUGCCGACGUCCAGCAAGAACGAGCCAAAUCCGAAAUGUCCAACCUCAACAACGACAAGCGACGCGACCCGCAACUCUUCUCGAUGAUUCACAAUAUGCCUGGAUUGCAGGUUGAUGAGAAGGCCGCAAAGGCAAUUGCGUCCCGAGAAAAAGAAUCGCUGUUGCAAUCGAAAAAGCUGGUUCUCAUUGUCGACCUCGACCAGACGCUGAUUCACGCAGUCGUCUCGUCGCAAGUACCAUGGAUUGGUCAAUUCCUGCGUGAUAAUGUCGAGCUGCAAAAGGAGAUUUUCAACUUUUCAUUACCCAACCACCCGCACUUGUACUACAUCAAACUACGACCUGGCGCGCGAGAGUUCCUGGCCCAAGCCACAAAGCUGUUCGAGCUGCACAUUUUCACCAUGGGCUCUCGCAUGUACGCCAGCAGAGUCGCGGCGGUUCUCGAUCCUGACGGCGCGCUGUUUGGGUCGCGCAUCAUGUCCCGCGACGAAUCAAAGAGUGCCAACUUCAAGCAUACGCAGCUCAGCCAGCUCUUUCCUUCGGGGCACAACAUGGUGGCGGUACUGGACGAUCGAAUCGAUGUCUGGGCGCGGCUGGGCAACGUGAUUCAAAUAUCCCCUUACGAGUACUUUUUAGGCGCGAACGAUAUCAACGCUCUCCCCAUGGAUUUGGCAAAGGGGGGACGAAGUACGGCAGCCGCUCAAGAUGUGGAUGGCCUCGAGUCACCUGCUGGUGUCGACGCUCCAGCAUCACCAUCAUCAUCCACAGCAACAUCAACAGCAACAAGUACAGCAACAGCUGCAGCAACAAACAACACUGACGCCACAGAACCGCCUGCAGAAGACGCUGCUGCACUUCGCACUCUUGCGGAAGCGGAAUCUGUGCAAGUAGAUUUGGAGAACAAGCUGGCGGCCAAUUUGCACAUCCCAGUCUCGCUUGCAGCCCGCAUUCCUCAGCCUGUGACCGUCGAGGACCCGGCCAUGCUCGUGCCCGAGCCCAAUGACGACGUGCAAUUUCGACCAGCUCUGUUCGCUGACGGCAGUAUUCCCAUGCAAGUUGUCACCGAGACGAUCGCUGGUUUCCUGUCGAGUGAGGAGUCCUUGGAACCACCCACCGACGACGCUGGAGCGCCUAUUGCAGACGCUGUGAUGACGGAGGCUCCGUCCGGCGAAACCAGUACCAGUGCCAGCGUAGCUGCGACGCCCGAGCAGGCGACGCCUAGUGAAGACACGUCUGUCGCAGCACCAGCAGCCGUGCCGCUGCCGCGGGACGCGCUGCGAUUGGGCAUCACCUACCCUGCGCGAACCGACAAUGAUUGUGCGCUUUACAAUGCGCUCACCUUCCUUGUUCUGGUGCACAUUGAAUUUUUCAAGCGAAUGCGACGUGCUCAGCAGCAGCAGCAGCAGCAGCAGCAGCAGCAGCAGCACGGAGCGGUCCAGGAACCCGACGUUGCGCGCGUUAUUCCCGACCUGCUGCGGGCGUUUGUUCCGUCCAGAGCGCUCAUGAACAACGAGCGCCUCCCUUUCAAUGAGCUGGUCGAGCUGAGCGAAGUCCACGAUCUGCUGCAGCGCGCAUCGGUGUCGCUGGCACCAGAGCUGCUGCCGCUUCCCCGGCCAACGUUGCGCUCCGUCGAAACCCUUGCGCUGCCUGCCGACGAGGAAGCGGGGCCUCCCAUGCGCCGGGACGCAACCAUGCCAGCGGAAAUGGCCGACAUCAAGCCCCUUGAUUCGAGUGACAUGUCUGCCCUGUUCGAUCUGGACGACGACGACGGCGACGGCGAUGGCGACGGCGAUGAGGAGCUUCCACAGCCCAGUCAGGACGAAGAGUCGGGGUCGGCCGUGAGACGGGCCAAGAGAAAGGCUGAAAACGACGAAGAGAGGCGUCGAUCCAAGGAGCCUCGUCUGGAUGGUGAUGCUGACAAAGACAGUGAUGCUGAGGAUGACGACGACGAUGACAAUGAUUCUGAUUCUGGAAGCGACGUGAGCGAAACAGCAAUGCCAUCCAAGGAGACCGAUACUGGCGAUGAAGAUGAUGAAGAUGAUGCUGACAACAGCGAGGACGACAACGAUGACGACGAAGAUGACUUUGCAGCAUCGUUGGAAGCGAGCAUUGGAUUGUAGAACGAGAUCGGAUCGCUUCGCUCGUUUCGCUUCAGGUUUCUCGGUACUUCCCUGAACAAGCAGUGCAAGUACCCCGCAUCAGCGGUGUUGUUUUACCUUCCUUCAGACCACAUACACGGGUUGCUUUGCAUCGGUGUUCUAGUUGCCAUUCACCCUUUCGUUCGACUCUGCUGCCCUCCACUCCAUGAAUUUUGUUGUGUCAGUUAGUGAUGGUUUGAUCCUGUCAUUGAGUUGUAUUUUUCUUUGUUUCCAUUUCCAUUCAUUUUCCAUUCGUU